CAGCGAGGAGCUGGGAAAGAUAGGAGGGCUGACCCAAACCGAGACUUGCAUGAGUGAGGACUCAUGUUAAAGCAGACUCAGCAGAACUAGUGGUUUAUCUAGUUAGAGCUGAACUAGUGGUUUAUCUAGUUAGAGCUGAACUAGUGGUUUAUCUAGUUAGAGCUGAACUAGUGGUUUAUAUAGUUAGAGCUGAACUAGUGGUUUAUCUAGUUAGAGCUGAAUUAGUGGUUUAGUUAGAGCUGAACUAGUGGUUUAGUUAGAGCUGAACUAGUGGUUUAUAUAGUUAGAGCUGAACUAGUGGUUUAUCUAGAGCUCAACUAGUGGUUUAUCUAGUUAGAGCUGCACUAGUGGUUUGUUCUGAGCUCAACUAGUAGUUUUACUCCCCGUUAGUUGGAAACCGAGCGGUUUAAAUGCAACGCUUUCUGAUUUAUAAGAAGACGAUGGCAGCAGAGAUGAAGAGCGGCGGGACCUCCUGCAGCAGCAGCAGCUGUAAGGAGCAGAGGAGCAGCAGGCUGCUGGUCACUGUGGAUCUCUUCUGCCUGUUCUUAGUGAUCCUUGUGGGAGUGUUUUUGCACAAGUCUCCCUACCCACCCUACCAGAGAGGGUUCUUCUGUGACGACGACAGCAUCCGUCUGCCGUUUAAGAACAGCACGGUGUCCACCGCCGUGCUCACCGCGGUGGGCGUCGUCGUGCCUGUGGUCUCUAUCAUAAUCGGGGAGAGCUACAGGAUCCACUUCCUGAAUGAGGGAUCCAAGUCAUUUGUGGGGAACCCCUACAUCUCUGCCCUCUACAAGCAGGUGGGGGUGUUCAUCUUCGGCUGUGCCAUCAGCCAGUCCUUCACUGACAUCGCUAAAGUCUCAGUGGGCCGCAUGCGACCUCACUUCCUGGACGUGUGCAAGCCGGACUUCUCCACCAUUAACUGCUCGCUGGGCUACAUCACUGACUACCAGUGCCAGGGGCCGGAGGGCAAAGUUCAGGAGGCCAGGAAGUCGUUCUUCUCUGGACACGCGUCCUUCUCCAUGUACACCAUGCUUUAUUUGGUGUUCUACCUGCAGUCUCGCUUCACCUGGCACGGCGCCCGCCUGCUGCGCCCGCUCACCCAAUUCACCCUCAUCAUGAUGUCCUUCUACACCGGCCUGUCUCGAGUGUCUGACCACAAGCACCACCCCACUGACGUCCUGGCCGGGUUCAUCCAAGGGGCCCUGGUGGCCUACUGCAUAGCGUUUCACGUGUCCAACUUGUUUAAACCCAGAGGACGACGCUCCACGUUGUGUCCAGCAGCUGUGAGGAAAGAUCUCCUCCCUACCGCAGACAUCAGAGAGCGUGGGAAUCCCCUCAUCAUGGCCUGAGCCUGAACGCAUCACGGACCUGCUCAACAUCUCUGCAGCCGUUCGUCUCGUCUGGAGCUGCUGAGGAAGAACAGGGAAACACUCGGGCAGGUUGUUUGUCUCAGAGACGUUCCCAUCUCGGAAAAGAGAGAUAACGUUCUGUUUUAUCACGUGAGGGCUCUUUGACCUCCUCUCCUGUUGUGAGGAUCGCUGCUCAGGAGAAAAGGCGGCUGUUAACAGAGCUCACCUCACAGGGCUGCCUCUGACGCUGACUCACUUCGACAAAUCAGGACGAUACAAAUUCCUGUUUCAGGAAGGAUGUUUUCAUUUGCUUUUUACUUUAUUUUAUACCGGCUUUUAGUGUUUGUCACCACUCCACCGACCCGUCAAAGCGUGUGUGUGUUCGUGCUGCGGGCCUUGUUCUGCUGGCUGGGAUGAGCCCCCGCUGAGCCAUUUAAUGAAACAACUAUCUUUUGUAAGCUGUGUGUGUGUGUGUGUGUGUGUGUGUGUGUGUGUGUGUGUGUGUGUGUGUGUGUGUGUGUGUGUGUGUGUGUGUGUGUGUGUGUGUGUGUGUGUGUGUGUGUGUGUGUGUGUGUGUGUGUGUGUGUGUGUGUGUGUGUGUGUGUGUGUGUGUGUGUGUGUGUGUGUGUGUGUGUGUGUGUGUGUGUUAAAGUCCAUAUAUUACAGGGAUAUUGUUCCAUCUCAGGAACGUUGUUAGGCUGAGUCCCAUUCUGUCCCGCUCUGAACUUGAGACAGUUCUCCACACCUUCAUCUCCUCACGCUUAGACAACUGUAACCCCAAAAUUCCACUACCUCCGCUCUGGCACGAACUCCGCAGCAAAAAUGGUCCCGUUGUAGUCAAUCAGAGCUGUUCCACUACUGCGGCAGUGCAGCGCUGUGCGCCGACCGCCGUUCCGCCAUCCGGCAAAAAUAGGAUCGAUUCUAUUUUCGCCGGAGCACCUCCGCAGUCAAUGGACAGAAAUCACAACCGCCCAACAGGAAAGGGAGCAAGCAUAACUUCCGUUAUUUCACAAUAAAUCGAUAAACAAAAAGCGUUUUUUGUUUCAUAUGCACAGGUUUAACAACUUUUAACAACUAUCAAUGGCGGCUGAACUUUAAAUGCACAAAAGUAAGCCAUAAAUACAGUUUCCACUAUCAAAGUAGUCACACUUUGUUGAUCCAAACACUGCUGAUCUCUCAACACAAAUGAUGGGCAGAUUAAACAGUUCAUUUCGAUGCUUCUCCCACACAACGGGUGUUUGGAUCUAACUUCCGCGUUUAUUGCUCGGACUGUAUCGCAAGAUCUCGAAAAUCCCGCGCAUGCUUGUUUACGCACCUCAGGUCUCCGUACCGGAGCGGAGCCGUUGUAGAGCGGGUACCAGUAAAAAUUGAAUUCGGAAGUGAGCGGCUGCGGAAGGCGGGGGCGGAGCGGAGAUAGUGGAAUCUUGGGGUAACUCUCUUUUCACGUGUCUGAGCAGAACCUCCCUGAACCGUCUACAGGUGGUUCAGAACGCCUGUGCUCGGCUUCUGACCAAGUCCUCCAAACACACCCACAUCACCCCGCUUCUCCUCCAGCUUCACUGGCUGCCAGUCAACUUCAGGGUUCAUUUCAAGAUCCUGGUUCUGGUCUAUAGGGCCUUACAUGGACAAGCACCAUCUUACAUUGGUGAUCUUCUUAGUCCCUACACCCCCAGCAGGUCCCUGAGGUCCAGUGAUCAAAGCCUACUGGUUGUGCAGCACCAGGCUAAAGGUCAAAGGUGACAGAUCAUUUGCUGCUGUGGCCCCCAGACUCUGGAACUCUCCCCCUGAGCCUGAGAUCAGUGGACUCAGUGGUCUCCUUUAAAAAGCAGCUGAAGACUCACUUGUUCAAGCUGGCUUUUGUAUGACCUUCUUCACCUCUCUCUCUUUAUUCUGCUCUCCCCACCUAUUCCACCUUCCUCAGGAUCCACUGAUUUCCCUCUUUCCUGUUCACUCUCUCUUUCUUAACAUUUUUUUAAUCACAAUUGCCUAUUUUUGCUCAUUUUAAAUAUAUAUUUUUAACAUUUUCUAAAUGCUUUUUUAUUUUUUUUUUAGUUUUUGUGAAGGGCCUCGUGAUUUUUAUCUUGAGAGGCGCUGUAGAAAUGAUACUUUCUUCUUCUUCUUCUUCUUCUUCGAGUGUGCUACUCCCAGCCAGAAAAUGGGUACCUGUCCCAUAAACAUGUGGAGCGCUAUGGCAACAGAAAUGAUCAGCAUAAAUAACCAUUAUUCACCCUGUUUGGUUAUCUGUAAUACCUGUAAUAGUUAAGUAAAAUAUCUUUGUAACUAUAACGAUUUUCUAUAUUUUAUUAGAUGAAAACAAGAUUGAGUUUGUGAUUUUGUUUAAUGAACUUUGAUGAACCACUGCGACACAUCACAGCUCUGUUUGAUGUAACUGAGACUUCUGUGCAUUCUUGUUGUAAAUUGCUGCAAAGUGUGUGUGCGUGCGUGCACGUGUGUGUGUGUGUGUGUGUGUGUGCGUGCGUGCGUGUGUGUGUGUGCGUGCGUGUGUGUGUGUGUUCUAACGCCCACUAUGACUCUGUCCUGUGUAACUGAAAACGUACCUCUCGAUGAGGCAGACAUCUUUGACCACGCUGUGAAGUUUUACUCCUAAAACACAAAGCUGUCCAGAACUAACAGCUCCUGUUCAUAAAACUAGAAAAGUGUUUUAAAUAUUUUUGUAAUGUGAAUUUAUACGCGACCUAAUAAAACCCAGAAGACUGAG